UACCUGGACGGUUACCUCGUCGUUUGUACGUAAAAAGCUUAAAUAUCAAAGUAGUUUUCGUUACAUUUCUCGACAGGCACUGAGAGAGGACAGCCUCGUGUCGUGUGCAAACGCCGAAGGACCCCAGAGGGCCAUGAUGGCUGCGCCCGGUGCAGACGCCGGUGAGUUUGAAGACUGGCUGAAUGACCGACUAGACUCUCUGGAGGUGGACCGGGAGGUGUACGGAGUCUACAUACUGGGGCUGCUACAAGAGGAGGACAGCGACGAGGAGAAAGAAGAGACGCUGCAGGGCAUCCUAUCCGCUAUCCUGGAUGAGGACACCGUGGAGGAUGUCUGCAAAGAGAUCAUCAAGCAGUGGACAGAUUGGCGCGACAGAUCAGCAGCCAAAAGUGAUGAUGAUGCUGAGGUGCAGGCCAUCGCCAGCCUGAUAGAAAAACAAGCUCAGAUUACGGUGAAACACGAGGAGGUGUCCAAGGAGACGAAGAAAAGGAAAGAAGCCCUGCUUGCUCAGUACGCUAAUGUGACAGACGACGAGGAUGAAGCUGAAGAAGAGGAGCCAGCAUGUGGGAAUAACUUUGCUGGAAAUGAAAAGUCCCUGUUUAAGAACACCAACGUGGAGGAGGUGCUGAACAGACAGAAGCAGAAGCGGGACCAGGCUCGCGAAGACUCUCACAAGAAGAAGGAAGGGGACAAGAUGCAGCGGGAGAAGGACAAACUGGCCAAACAAGACCGUAAAGAGAAGGAGAAGAAGCGUACACAGAAAGGCGAACGCAAAAGAUAAAACCAAGAGAAAUGACACUUUUUACGUGGAAAAGGAUUUGUUACGAGACAGAAAUGAAAAACAAGUCAUUGCUUCUUUUUAGCUGAACCUCAUUUGGCACAUUCAGUAUGUGAACAUGUAUUCAUCACACCCUCCAUGUUAAUACUCUUUAUAUGUGUAAGGAACAAUUUACCGGAUGGUGUUCAGGUUCAAAAUCCUGAUUCUUAUUUUCUGAUAUCUAGGAACAAAGCUGCAAAUCAGUCAGUCUUGUGUCAUUGGUCAAAAGAAAUGAAGUCUGGGAAUAUGUUGAGUGUGAAACAUGCUUUGACACAGCCACCCCUGAAAUGAUCAAAGUAUACACACUUGAAACACAAAUGGAUUGAUCACGGUAAAAGCGGAGGAAUGCUUGUAAAGCAACUCAGUCCAGAGUUUGUGCUGUUAUCCUCUGUGCCAAUAUGCCUUUCAUUUCUCCACAACUUGUAACUAAAGGCAAGUGUUCAUGUCAUUUUGAUGCUUUAGUUUUCACUGUCUAUGCAUUUUGUCCGAGCAUAAAAACAAAGGAGCGGUUGCUAAAUUAUACCUCAAAUCUAUCAUGUACCAUAAUUUGAAUGUUUAUAAUGAGGUUCAUCAUCUUUUGGAAUUAAUAAUAAUAAAAAAAAUAAAAAAAAA